AUGAGCUCUCAAUUCACUCCAAUUGCUACUGACAGUGUUCCUGACACGACUAUUCCAUACUCAUACUUUGACACUAAUUCUUGGAAUUCGGAAAAUCACAACUCUAAUUAUUUGAAUACUCAAUCCACUGACUACUCCGACUACACCUUAUAUUCUAACUACUACGCUUAUUAUUAUGCUCAAUUCUUCCAAAGAUUGAGUUCAAAUGUUUCUAUUCCCUCUCCAACUCGAAUUCCUCAACCAGUGACUGACACUAUGUUCCCACCGCUUAACUGA